AUGGUGAAGAUGCAGGCGGUGCAGUCGGCCUUGGCCAUCCGGCGCCAGAGAUCGCGUCGAGAAGACCAGCGCCGGGCGAAGGAACGCCGGGAAAGCCGCGCCUCACUAUCCACGCCACGACCCUCCGUCGUUAGCCUCGAUGGCCGCGUGUACUUCAACGAGGAGCGGGAAAAUAAGCGUCUGUUAGGGCAGGUCACUAUGUUUCAUGUGGGUUCGGUGUUUAUAGUGAUCGGCUUGAUGCUCACUAUCACUUCCCUGGUGCCUGGCUACGUCAGGAGCACCACACCCGAGCGCAGGAGUGAUCUGCUCGGAACAGGUUGCUUUUUCGUGUUCCUUGGCGGCGUGUUGACAACAAUUAGUCGUUUCGUAUCCAAUAACGAGGAGAAGGAGCUCAAUAAGUACAUCAAGGGACGACUUUCGCGCUCGAAGUCCGGCCACAGGCUUGUGCGCGACGCGGAGAGCGGGUUGCCUACUCCAACCCGCGAGCGACGCAACAAGCCGCAGCAGAAUGGUUUCACGCCACAUUCUCCCGCCAGAGCCGCCAAGAUCGCCAGCAAGGCCGAGCCUAAGGAGGAGCCGGCGAGCACACCGUCGCCCUCGGAGGGCGAGGCGGCCUGCAGCUCGCCCGGUACGACGGAUACAAUCCCCGCCUCGGCCUCCAUGGAACCCGUCCUCUCCCGCAUUCUGGAGGAGGACGAGAACGACGGGGACACGGCCACGACUGAGCCCAUGGACACGACGCCUGAGUCCUCGCUCACACCUACCUCGCCAUUGGAGACGCAGGGACUCCUCGAACGCCACCACUCCACCCCCAGGAAGGGCUCCAAGAGCUCCUCCAAGAGCUCCACCAAGAGUUCCAGGCACUCUGGAGUCUAAAAUGCAUAAGGUCACUCAGCCUUCACUCGGCUGAGCUUCUAAAAAGCUUCACUCGCCCUAAACAUAAGCUUUUAAGGGCUUUCUCAUCCCUAAGAAUAUGUACAUUACAAUAUAUAUAUAUAUAGAAUUUAUAUUCCCAUUCAGACUAUGUGGGAUAUUUAAGCAACCUUUCUGAAAGGUUUGUUUAAAUGUCCUGAAAGAUGUAUAUAGUUAUUCAUUUACGGUAUGGAAGACCACAGCGACGGCCUGGAAUAUUUUGGGAAAACUCACAACUUGUUUUUCUGCAAGGUUCAUAUAUAUCUUCCUCCAGGAGGCCCUGGAGGUCAACCUUGGCCGAGGUCUUAACGAGACUUCUAAUGAAGUCUCGUUUAGGCCUCCAGGUUGGCCUAUGUGAGUUAUAAUUAAAACUUU